AUAGAAACAAAGAGAGAAAUAUGGUAACGCGCACUUGCAUUUCCAAGGCCAUUCAGCAUACUACAUUAAAUAUGUUGUAGGUGCGGAGACCUAUUGAUACACAGGUGGAUAAAACGCCCUUAUCGUAUCUCAAUGAUGGAAGAGAGGAAAAUUUUGAAAUAUCAUUGCCACUCCAUGAUAUCAUCAUUUAAGUGAAAAGUUCGAAAGACAGACCGCCCUCUUUGUAGGGUUUCUUCCUAGUUUUGAUGAAAUUAACCAAACUAAUAUUUAAAAAGAAAAAGUCAGAUUUGUGAAACUAAACCUGACCUUGACUACUGCUGAGCUGGGGGAGGGGGGAAGCAUGUAAUUGAAUAGAAAUUGCCUGUCGUUCCACGAUACUAGCACUGUUCCUGACUCGAAGUAGGCGGUCAAUAGUUGUGGAGUGAAUAAAUGAAUUAGAUUAAUUCUGCUUCAGAUCCGAGCCCCUCCCCAGUCCCCACCGCCGCUUAGAUGGUUGCGAAAUAGAAAGGAAAUGCUAACCAUUCCAUUGUAAACACAGGCCUGCGGUCCCGCUCUAGUUGAAAUGCGCAGGCCUGAACCCCUGCCUCAAAGUUUUUGUCAGCCCAAGGUAGCUAGCCGCAUUCCCCAACACCCACGUACAACGGAACUGAAUUUUAACCUGGUCCCCUCUUGUUACUCUGAGGGAGACGGGCUAAGGAAAUAUUUUUAGAAAUGCGAAAAGGAAAAAAGAAGUCCUUCAGUAAACAAAACUGCGCUCUUUCACAAAUGUUGGUUUUCUAGACAGGAGGAUACACACUUGUAUUUUUUCUUCCCACUACCACAAAACAAGAGCUCUGCAAGUGUUACGCGCGCCUCAAAAUGACCCCUCCGAAGAGCGGUAGGGAUGAUGUCAUCGCAGCGCGACGACAGGAAGUAAGCUCCUGGCCUGCGGUGCUGCGCGGGGUCCUGAGCUCCUGCACCUGACAGUCCUGGAUCUUUCCGCUCCAAUCCUGGCGGCGAUGGACAAUGCCCGAGAGUCGCCCGCCGACAAAGGUGGAGAGACAGGGGAGUCAGAUGAGACGACCGCUCCUCCCGGUGUCCCCGGGCCUGCAGACACCGACGGAAUCCCGGAGGAAACGAACGGAGACGGAGAUGUGGACUUGAAAGAAGCCGCAGCCGAAGAAGGCGAGCUGAAGAGUCAGGAUGUUUCAGAUUUAACUUCAGUUGAAAGGGAAGAUUCAUCAUUACUUACUCCUGCAGCAAAAAAAUUGAAAUUAGAUACCAAAGAAAAGAAAGAAAAGAAGCAGAAAGUGGAUGAAGAUGAGAUUCAAAAGAUGCAAAUCCUGGUUUCUUCUUUUUCUGAGGAGCAGCUGAACCGCUAUGAAAUGUAUCGCCGGUCAGCUUUCCCUAAGGCAGCCAUUAAAAGGCUGAUCCAGUCCAUCACAGGCACCUCUGUGUCCCAGAAUGUUGUUAUUGCUAUGUCUGGUAUUUCCAAGGUUUUCGUCGGGGAAGUGGUUGAAGAAGCGCUGGAUGUGUGUGAGAAGUGGGGAGAAAUGCCACCACUGCAACCCAAACACAUGAGGGAGGCUGUUCGGAGGUUAAAGUCAAAGGGGCAGAUCCCCAACUCAAAGCACAAAAAAAUCAUCUUCUUUUAGACCAAAGCUCGGAAAAGCCUAUCACUGACAGGAGUACUGGUUCCAGACUUACUAUUAUGUGAGACUUGCAGCCCUGGUGCUUUUGGUAUCUCAGUCCUCCAAGGAUUCCAUGAUGAUUUUAAUAUCUUUCUCCCGCCUCAUUUUUGUCACACCUAGAAGGCAUGCAGCCUACUUCAUACUUGCCUUGACUAAAUUGUGGGACCUCUUACAGCAUUUUGAGGUAUUUGUCUCUUGGCUAGUUGGAAGAAAGGCAUGUGGGCCUUCAACAUCUUCUGGAAAGGGGAGCUGCUUUCAGAGAGAGAAAACCUUUCCAAGAGAACUUUGAUGGUUUCACAUUGAAGCCUAAAUUUGCUGAGACUUGGAUUCUUUCUUAUGUCUGGUUUUAUGUAGAUGAAACAACCAGAAACUUUUGACUUAGGAUUCUCUACUAUGAAGGACACGGUGAUAACAGGAGUAGUGGAAUAAUUUGUGCUUGUUAAUAUUUAAGAUUCUCCUGUGAGUUUUGGUGAGUGAUCAUUAAAAUUUUCCAACUUGC